AUGGCCACAGCAACAGAUACCGAGCUCCUAACAGAGCACUUUGGCUAUCCCCCAGUUAGUUUAUUAGACGACAUAAUCAACAGCAUCAACAUCCUCGCCGAGCGCGCCCUCAACAGCGUCGAACAAGGUCUCCUCAACGCGCCCCCCGCCUCUCUCGGUUUCCGCCCACCCACCCAUGCCUCCGCCGUCAAACCAGGCAAGAAGCCCAAGAAGGGCGAAGAAGGCUUGCCCAACGCGGAGGAAGCCCAUCGCCACGAAAUCGAAAAUGGCACGCACCAGCUCGAGACAUUGCUCUGCGCUAGCAUCGACCGCAACUUUGACAAGUUCGAGAUUUACGUCAUGCGCAACAUCCUCUGUGUGAGGCCCGAGGAUCGCGAUUGGAUACGGUUGGGACAUUAUGAGGGCUUGGAUUUUUCUUCUUCCUCCCCGUCCAAGAAAGAGGGAGGGGACCAACGGCCAACACUGGAAACAGUGACACACCUCCGCAGGCGCUUACAAGCGUCGCAAAAGUUAAACGUCAUGCUUCACGCCGAAAAGGCUCGUAACGCAGCAUUGCUAGCCGAAGUUCGUCGUCUUAUCGGCUCCCCAAAGAAACAAAUCAAAUCCGAACGUCAACAACCACCAGCACAACAAAACGGCGCCACAGACACCGACACCGAAAUGACCGACGCCUCUCCCGUCCGACAACCCCAAGACCAGAAGAGUCCCUUCGCCUUCCUAACCCAAAAGACCUCCAUCCUCUCCACCUCCGACGCCUCCACGCCCUUGACCACCACCACGGCAUUUACCCUUUCGCAACUUGACGCGCUGCGCUCUUUGUCUGCUUCUUUACGAUCGUUGCUGCCUGCGUUGUCGCACCCUCUCCCUCCUUCACCUCCCUCUCCUCCCUCACCGGAGACUUCAGACGGACCAGAAGGAGGAGAAAAGGACAAGGACAAGAAAGAGAAGAAGAAGCCCUUCCGCCUCCAAAGACUAGAAUACAUCGAGACCGCCACGCGCAAACAUCUCGAGCAAGUGCGUGGGUUGGAGUUGGGGGUUAAUGGGGAGCUGAGAGACGACGCGGAGUGGGUGGGUGACGUGGGUGAAAUUAAUAGCCACGAUGGAACAAGGACGAAGAGGAGGAGGGUGGAGAGGGAGGAGGUGGAGGCUUUGGAGGGGGUUCUGGGGAGUUUAGCUGCCCCGGGAGACGCUGUUGCGGUGGGUGGUAGUAAGGAGACUGGGGAAGGUCAAGAGGGAACGGGAGAGGAAGCUGGAGAGGGAGAGGGAGAGCAGAGACAAAAUGACCAGAGGCAAGGAGAGGAACAAGCGCAACCCGAAGGACCCAGAGAGAGAGAAGCAGGAGGGGAAGCGGAAAUGGAAACGGAAACGCCACGGCGAAGCGGACGGAGACGGAGUGCGGGGAAGGGCAAGGAGAAAGCCGAUGGUGAUGGAGAGCGGAUGGAUGAAGCGUGA